GGCAGCAUCCUCUUUUCCCGUGGCUGGCAUCCGACAUGAAAUAUGCCGGUAACGCUCAGCUCGUCGAAAGCACUAUUCUACAUGCACCCUUACAACUUCGUGGUUGCAAGAGUGAUAUUGACGCGACGGAUCUUAUUACGAAGGUGCGCACGAAAUUUCAUACCGUACACGGCACUGCCUCAACAUCGUACACGCCGUCUCCACCGCGGAGGGAGGGUCAAGAGGAUGAUUCCUUCAUAUUCGAUACGCUGGGGAUUCAAGAAAGCGAGACGUUGCGUGGUGUACACAUUGCUGGCUUCAACUAUGUUUUCACGCCGAAUCACCGUCCGGGACGCAUGGAUAUCUCUGGUGACGACUCUGGCGACACUAGUGAUCAGGAGCAAUCGACCCCACUCUCUGCUGAUUCGGAGACACUAGAGAAUAUACCGGCAGCUUUGGCUGGCGAAAGCAUUUAUGUUACACCAGCUGGCAGCGCUCACUCGACUGUUGCGGGCUCUGGCGCGUCUGCCUCUACUGCACUGUACUCUUGCACUUCCUUUGGCGAACUACGUGAGGCCUUGGAGGCUCGACCCUCUGAGAAAUUUCCGCUACCUACCCCUACUUGCGAGGACGACGACUUCCAAAGCAACAUUGCCGAUCCGGCCGCCGUCGGCGCCUCUCGCGGUCGGAUGGCGAGUCGAAGGUCGAGCACUAUCACCGAGCUGUCUCAUCUGAGGCCGACGAGUAUCCUCCUACGGAACAACAGCCGGGCUAUGUCCAUAGAACCUGAACUUGAUCUUGGCGCUCGUGGUCUUGGGCUCAGAAAAUAUGCUAGCUUAGAUUUUGACCUGGACACUGUGGUCUCUCUCGAACCGGACUUGGCGACCUCCAGGGCUCACGCGACUUCCGGAGCCCAGGCAAUCGACGCAGACAAACCUGCUCCACCUAGCCGGCGGGUUUCGUUCGCUGACGCGACCGCGAGUCCGGCAGACACAAUCGUCCCUCCCGCGUCAACUCUUACUGAUGGGACGCCUACCCCCUGGAAGCACCUCAGCAAGUAUUAUUCCCCGACGCCAAACGUGAAUAAGCUCCGCAAGAAGCGUAACGAGAGCAUGCCUCUCCUGGAGACGCCGCGCCUGUUGGAGAAGGUUAAUCUCCCAGACGGGGUAGAGCAGAUCGGACUCGGCAUCGGAUACACCCGCUCCCGUCCGCCGCGCGCCGGACCGAGUCAGGGCAAGAGCCAGACGCCACGGACGCGCGCAGUCUCUGUCGGGUCGAGCGUCGCGCGAUGCGGAGCGCUCCUCUCGCAAAUCCGUCGCACGAAGACAUCCGGCACGCAAGAGACGAACGACCAGAAGCAGCCGGAGCGAGCGAGCGAGGAGAGCGACGCGAUGGAGUCUGUCAUGCGCGAGAUGUACGGCGCGGCGUGGAACUCGGAGCUUGGCGUCGGGUACCUCGGGGGUGCGACGGACCAGGCUGUGAGCUCGCGACGCAAGGCGGGGAGGGUGUACUCUGUAGACGCCGACUCCGAGGGGCUCAUUGGGUCGACGUUGAGGCUUGUGCAGACGCCGAAUAUGCUGGAGGCCCACGUGCAGUGA